UAAAUACUCUCUAUACUGAAGCCUAUGAUCUUUGGUGUUGUUUUAAAGUUUCUAACUACAUUCUAAAUUUGUAUUGAUGUAUAUUAAACUCUCUUCGGAUAUGCAAUUACUUCAACAGACUGUGUCAACGCAUCAUUGAUCCAGAGAAGAUUAUUAAACUAGAAGAAGAAAUUGUGGAGACAAUGUGUCAGCUAGAGAGAUACUUUCCUCCAUCUCUGUUUGAUAUCAUGUUUCAUCUUCCACUCCAUCUAGCAAGAGAAGCACGCUUGGGUGGCCCUGUACACUUCAGGUGGAUGUAUCCCUUUGAGAGGUAUAUGAAGACACUAAAAGCUUUUGUCAAGAAUUUUGCAAGACCAGAAGCUUGUAUGGCCGAGGGUUAUUUGGCUGGUGAAUGCCUUGCAUUUUGUAUGGAGUUCCUGCAGAAAUCCGUUCCAGUUGAAGAAGCAAUGACAAGAAACGAAGAUGUUGAGACGACUCAGAAUGUUCUUGAAGGCCGAACGCUGCAUAAAGCAACAGAAGUGAGUCUUACUGACAAAGAGAGAGAUGUUGCUCACCGGUAUAUCCUCAUGAAUACUGCAGUGAUCGACCCUUAUGUUCAGAUGCAUUUAGAAGAACUUCAAAAUUCGGAUGUAAGAUGUGCAAAAAAUGAAACCAUCUUAUGGAAGUAUCAUACAGAAAGGUUUUCACAGUGGAUUAAAGAGAAGAUACCAAAUAACUCCAAGGACCAUUCGCAAAGGCUGAGAUGGCUUGCUUUUGGACCAAGAAAUAUUGCUCACACCUACAAGGGAUUUGUAGUUAAUGGCUAUCGAUACCAUACAGACGAUAUGCAGAGGAAGACACAGAACAGUGGAGUAGCAUAUGAAGCCUUUUCGAUGUGCAGAGCUAGUGCCAAAGAUUCGAGGCAACAGGCUGAUAUAGUAACAUACUAUGGCGUGAUAAAGGAGAUCAUUUUGCUUGACUAUCACAUGUUUCAAGUGCCUCUGUUUAGGUGCAGUUGGGCUCAUAAAGGUAGAGGACUUAAAGAGGAAGACGGUUUCACACUAGUGAAUCUCCAUAUGAACCAGUCAACAUUUGCAAACGAUCCGUACAUUAUGCCUGCGCAAGCUAAACAAGUGUUCUAUUCUAGAGAGGAAGAUAGCUCUCCUUGGUAUGUAGUGAUGAGAGCACCACCACGAGGGUAUCAUGAGUUAGAGACAGAAGAAGAGAUUUGUUCUGCAACGUUAGCAGUCCAGCCUGAAGACGAUAUGGGAGAUCAAUCAUCCGAUGACGAGAGUUUCUGUGUUAGGAAUGACUGUGAGGGUCAACUAAUAUAUGAAUAAUGAUGAGUUUGUUUUUCUUUCAGGUUAUUUGGUGCAAUGAAUUCCAA